GCGGGCCGGGGCAGCCGCCCCCUGAAGAUGCGGGAUGGCAGGAGCGCCGCCCGCCAGCAGCCGCUCGUACCGCACCACGGGCUCCACCUGUCUGCACCCGCUCAGCGAGCUCCUGGGCAUCCCCUUGGACCAGGUGAAUUUUGUGGCUUGCCAGCUCUUUGCCUUGGUGGCUGCCUUCUGGUUUCGCCUUUAUUUAAACCCUGGUAAAAGCAGUCCUGAGGUCCGACACACGUUUGCCACUGUGUUUGGCAUCUAUUUUGUCAUCUUUUGUUUUGGCUGGUACUCCAUACACCUGUUCGUGCUGGUGUUACUUUGCUAUGGCGUGUUGGUUACUGCCAGCGUGUCCAAUAUUCACAGAUACUCCUUUUUCGUAGCAAUGGGAUACCUGACCUUAUGCCACAUCAGCCGCAUAUACAUUUUCCACUAUGGAAUUCUCACUACGGAUUUUUCGGGACCCCUGAUGAUCGUCACCCAGAAGAUCACGACCUUGGCAUUUCAAGUUCACGAUGGUUUAGGUCGAAGAGCUGAAGAGCUCUCUGCCGAGCAGCAGCGCCUGGCCAUAACAGUCAAACCAUCUUUUUUGGAAUACUUGAGCUAUCUUCUCAACUUUAUGAGUGUCAUUGCUGGCCCUUGCAACAAUUUCAAGGACUAUGUCGCCUUCAUUGAGGGGAGGCACACACACAUGAAGUUGCUGGAGGUGAACUGGAAGCAGAAGGGUUUCCACAACCUACCAGAACCUUCUCCCACUGGAGCCGUGCUGCAAAAACUCUGCCUGACACUGGUGUCUCUCGUCCUGUUCCUGACGCUCACCAAAACCUUUCCCGUCACCUGCCUGAUUGACCUUCAGUUUUCCCAGAAAGCCAACUUUCUGACCCGACUCUGUUACUUAUAUGCCGUCAUGCAAGCCUCAAAGCCCAAGUAUUACUUUGCCUGGACGUUGGCUGAUGCGGUGAAUAAUGCAGCUGGCUUUGGGUUCAGCGGUGUGGAUGAGAAUGGAAAUUUCUGUUGGGAUCUGCUUUCUAACCUCAACAUCUGGAAAAUUGAGACUGCCACGAGUUUCAAAAUGUACUUAGAGAACUGGAAUAUUCAGACAGCAACUUGGCUGAAGCGAGUGUGCUACGAGCGGGUUCCAUGGUACCCCACGGUGCUAACCUUCAUCCUGUCUGCCUUGUGGCAUGGGGUCUACCCCGGAUACUAUUUUACCUUCUUAACUGGAACCCUUGUCACGCUAGCAGCCAGAACGGUGAGAAACAACUACAGGCAUUACUUCCUUUCUUCCAAAGCUCUGAAGCUUGUGUAUGAUGUGGUCACCUGGGCGGUCACUCAGCUGGCUGUCUCCUACACGGUUGCACCCUUCGUCAUGCUGGCUGUGGAGCCAACCAUUAGUUUAUACAUGUCUGUGUACUUUUAUUUACACAUCCUCAGCUUCCUGGUGAUACUGUUUCUGCCAAUCAAGCCGCAGGCUCAUGCUUCAAAGCAGCCUGAGAACUCUGUUAAAAGGAAAACGGAUUGAUACCUCCACUCAGAG